CACAUUUUGCUCUCUUAUGGGGAGGCCACAUCUCAAAGCCUCCAACCAAUUCUCCUUCUUUUUCUCCGAGAGGUCUAAUUCAAACAUGGCAAAAAGUCUCUCAUUUUCUUUGACCCCCCCAAAAAAUAAUAUGGCUUCUUUCAAACAAAAAUUUUCUUCUUUGCCUGAAUCCUUUCUCCUUUAGGGUCCUUCAAUAGAAUUGAAGGACCCUUUUCUCUACCCAUCUCUCUCUCCUUCCCUUCUCAAGCUUUCCCUUUGUUCUUCCUUUUUCAUAUUUUUUUUAUAAGGCAAAGCCACAUUUUUUCACCUCUGCAUAAUAUUAUUUGUUUUCUUCAACAAGGAUCAAGAAAUGAAUUGCUUUUCGUGCUUCCAGUCACAGAAAAGCAGGAAAUCGCUUACCAAGAGAGAGCAUGGAUCCUCUACUAGCAGUAAAGAUAGAGAAGUCACGGAGACCAACUUCCCUGAGACUAAGAAGCAAAAACCAGGAGAUGAAGUAAGAAAAGAGGAAGCUAACCGAGUUGAUGAAGAAAAUAUUGCAGCACAAGCAUUCACCUUCCGCGAGAUAGCGGCUGCAACAAAGAACUUCCGUCAAGAAUGCCUGUUGGGCGAAGGUGGAAUUGGAAGAGUUUUUAAAGGGACACUAGCUUCAACUGGGCAGGUAGUGGCUGUAAAGCAACUUGACAGGAGUGGGCUGCAAGAGAACAAGGAAUUCCUUGUUGAGGUUAUGAUGCUAAGUCUUCUACACGAUCCAAAUCUUGUCGAUCUUGUUGGAUAUUGUGCUGAUGGGGAUCAGAGACUUUUGGUGUAUGAGUUCAUUAAAGGAGGUUCUUUACAAGAUCAUCUCACUGAUGUAUCACCAGAUAAAAAGCCACUGGAUUGGUUUACCAGAAUCAAAAUAGCGUUUGGUGCUGCUAAAGGUCUAGAGUACCUGCAUGACAAGGCCAAUCCUCCUGUUAUAUUUGGCGAUUUGAAACCCACAAACAUCUUGUUGGAUGAAGAUCUGAUACCAAAGCUAUCAGAUUUUGGACUUGUUAAGCUUGGCCCUUCUGGGGACAACAUGCAUGGACCAUCAAGGUUGAUGGGAACCUAUGGUUACAGUGCUCCAGAAUAUGCGAGAGGAGGUGAAUUGACAAUAAAAUCAGAUGUAUACAGUUUUGGAGUUAUUUUACUAGAGCUCAUCACUGGAAGAAGAGCCAUAGACACUACAAAACCAAAUGACGAGCAAAAUCUAGUUGCUUGGGCACAACCCAUGUUCCGGGACCCAAAAAGGUUUCCUGAUAUGGCAGAUCCAGUUCUUAACAAGCAAUUUCCAGAAAAAGAUUUGAAUCAGGCAGUUGCAAUAGCAGCAAUGUGCCUGCAAGAGGAAUCAGCAGCCCGUCCAUUGAUGAGUGAUGUUGUAACAGCUUUAAGUUUCCUUUCAGUAGCUAAAGAUGAAAGCAUCCCUUCUCCUCCACCCCCCUCAACCCCACCUUCAGAGGAAGUCAUUACUCAUGACCAACAGAAACAUGAAGCUGGUGAUAGUUCAGAAUCAAGUGAUGAGGAUAGCAACAGUGAUGAUAAUAAUAAUAAUAAUAAAAAUAAUCAAGUUAGCAGAAAAUGGAGCAAGAACAGCAGGAGAUCAAUGGAUGAUAAUGGUUCUUCAAGCCAUAAGAGCAGCAAGAGAAUGCGGGACAGAGAUGCUUCUCUAAGCAGGAAGAAUGGCAGUGGAUCAAGUUGUGGAAGUUUUUCUUCAAGUCACAACAGCAGCAGGGAGUCACAAUAUCUUAAUGUCUCUUUAAGCCGCAAUAGCAGCAGGGGAUCUAAGGAGGGAAGUGUUUCUUCAGGCGAGAAAAGCAGCAGCAACAUUGAUUCACCUGAUGGAACCGAAUCAUUAAGUCAAAGGAGCAGUGUUUCUGGUGAUGAUUGUUAGCAUUACUAAAUGGAAAUUUUCUUUUUAGAUCAGACCAACAGAAGGAAAUCAGAAGAUGAAGUUUGUAUUCAUCAAGAAGAUCUUAAUCUGAUCACCAGCAUCAUUUUGCACACAUAAUUUGUCAUUGCUAGCAUAAUUCUUAGUUGGGGUGAUGAAGGAAAAAUACUGUUCUUUUUUUGUUGUGGGAAAGGCUACAGGCAAACGAUGUAUUUCUUUUAAGAUCCUCUUCUCUUAGCUUGUUGUGUCUCCAAACAUUUUUUGUGAUCUUAAUUUGUUCAGUAUGCAUUAAAUAUAACAAACUCUGUUCA